UGAUUUCUCAGAUAACAAGAGCUUCACAUUUCUGUGGAAUUCCCAUUUGCCAGAGAGCUGCUGCUGCUGUUGCCCUGAUUGAUAUAUGACUGCAAUGGCACUUUUCCAUUUGACAUUCCCGCUCUCUCCCUCUCUCUCUUAGACAACAGCUCUAACUUUUGUGUGUUGCAAAUAUAAAAGGCAAGCCAUGUGAUGGAGGCACAGAAGAACAAAAGCAUUUGGAAGUAACAGGACCUCUCUUAGCUCUCCGAGGAGUUUGAGGGAAGGAGGGAGUGGUGCAUUUUUCCAAAGAUGCUGCUCUUUAAUUAGCUGGGAAGAGACAGACACCAAGAAAGUGCUGCCUGACAACUGUGCAGGAGAUUCUUUGAUGGAUUAAAAUCUCGUCAGACUCCAACUUGAGAAGAAGAAUGACAGCUCAGACACUUAAACCAGACUUUUCACCAUCCUGGAAAGGAACUGGCUCUCAGAAUUUGGAGGGUUUUUAAUGCUCUACCUCCCUCUGCUGUUACCAGCGAGAAGUUCCUCGACAAUGGGAAAUCAUGUACUCGCUGCUUCGAUUUCCAUGCUCUCGCUCCUGGUGAUGAUGGGGGACACGGACAGUAAAACAGACGGGUCCUUCCUCAUCGACUCCGACCCCAGCCGCUGUAUGAGGCACCACUACGUGGACUCCAUCAGCCACCCUCUCUACAAGUGCAGCUCCAAGAUGGUGCUGCUGGCCCGCUGCGAAGGCCGCUGCAGCCAGACCUCGCGCUCGGAGCCGAUGGUUUCCUUCAGCACCGUCCUGAAGCAGCCCUUCCGCUCCAGCUGCCACUGCUGCCGGCCCCAGACCUCCAAGCUGAAGGCCAUGAGGCUGCGGUGCUCGGGGGGCAUGCGGCUCACGGCCACCUACCGCUACAUCCUCUCCUGCCACUGCGAGGAGUGCAACUCCUAGGGACCAAGGGGCACAGCAGACGGGGGACGAGGGCGUGCUGCUGUGGGGGAAGACUCCCAAGAAACCAUCCAAGGUCAGGCCGGUGCCCCCAGCACCCGAUUGCAGCGAGGAUAGGACUAACCAGGCUGGAUGGAAUCUGAGAGCAGAAGUAUCCAAAAUACCCUGGGUUGCUGGAUGGUGCUGGUAUCGCAGAGUGGGCUGUGACAAAGGCGAAAGCAUGAGGACUUGUUUUUAUGAAGCCUUUCUUUUUUUCUGAAAGGAUUUUUUUGAGAGUUUCUUCUUUCUCAGACUCAGCUCUGACUACAGAGAGGUGCUUUUACUUCAGGCCAUGGGCAGCAGGGGAACAGAGAAGAAGGUCAGAAGGAUGACAGCACUGCAGUCUGGAAACUGGCGUUUGGACAGAGGAUGGGCAUCGGUUCCCACAGACAACAUCUUAACCUAUCAAUUUUUUCUCAGUUUUCUAGUUUUACUGGCCUUCAAAGCACAUUGUGCUGUCGGCAAAGGUCAUCUGUUACUGACCUAGUGGCCAAAUGCUGGAUAACUUUAAUAAACCAUUGAAAAGUGAACUGGAUAUGAAAUGCCAUGCUUGGAAUACCCGGCCUAGCUGAAACAAUUAUUUGUGCCAUGUGUCAUCAGAGUUCAGUGUCUGAGCAACUCUUGGGAAGGGAAAGGUCAUGAGACUCACUAUUACCUUCUAAAAGCCUGUAAAUGUGACACAAAACAUCUGUCACAAAAGACUUUAUUUGAAAGUUAAAAACUAAUCAAAUAUUAAAAUGCCACAUACUAAAUGGAGUAAUUUAUUAAUAUGAGUAGACCUGUUGAUGUACUGAACCAGAGUCACCAAAAAGAUGACUAAACCUAGGACUUAGUUUCAUCUAUAGUUCUUAGGCCACUAAGCAAAUACCAUUUUGCCUUUUAAAGACAGGCAAUCCCCAAAUCCUAAAUCUCAAAACAUCAGGGGAUCCAAAGUUUGGGAAUGGUAUAUGCUGAGAACCUCUGUCCCUCCUCCAUUGAUAUGAGGUUUUAGGAAGGUUCAGUCACAGUCUAUUGUGGCUUCAAGGGAAAAACAUAACAGUUCUUAUCUCAUAUUAAAAUUCUUAUGUUCUUAAAUGGCAGCAUAUGCAGUCAGCCAUCAGCAUGUCUGUGCUGUUGACAGAAAUCUGGCUGAGCUGUUGUUCUGGUAGAAGUCGUGAGGGUGCUGAGAGCAUCUUUGCUGUGUAAGGAUUCAGGGUCAGUAGCACCCGUGAGCACAGUCCUACAGUUAUUGUCUGGGAUAGGCUGGAUUGGCUCCCAUGCACAGCAAUGUCUGGCAGGGUCCCAUGGGGAGGAGGGGAAGUCCUUCCAAGAUCAGAGUUCAGCCCAUCUGUUCAACUCCAGCCAGGUUAUUUGCAGCAGAUGCCGUGUGCAGCAGCUCGAGGGUGCACACGUGAGACAGGGAAUCCCCAGGGUCUGACAGGGAGCUCAGUGACAGGAGUUGCUGUGGCUGCUCAGGCAAAGCCUAAUGCUUUUGCCUCUGCCUCCUCAUGCUGAAUGUGUGUGGGAUGUGAAUGCAGAGGAGACAGACACUGGCCUUGUAAGCCAAACCCUGGAGUAGGAUGGCAGUCAGCAAUGGAAAGACAUGGGGGACAGGUAUGACCACAGACACCAUUCAGAGAGGUUUGUGAUACAUGAGAAGAGCUCUGUCUUCUGGAGGUGACUUAGAGAUGGUCAGUUUUCAAAGACACAGAGCUGUGGGCAAACUAAAGGGUGAAUCCCACCCCCAGAAGCUGAGGGGCUCAGAUUGAAAUGUCAGAACUGGGAGUGAUGAGCCCCAGUGAGCUCAUUAGACACCAUGUGUUGUCCCAGGACUGUCAGUCAUUCCUUUCACAUCUCAUGCAUGGUCUGAACAUCAAAGGGCCUGUCCAGGGAGCGUGAGCUGGGCAUUAUCACCAGACUACUUUAUAUGAAAUAUCAUAUGUGCAUCCCUUUUCCACUCUCUUUCAACCUCCAGCAUCUAAAGAUCUCAUUAUCCAAAAAAGCACCACCCCCUACUGUUAAUUAUAUAUAGCAAAUUCCAGUCCUUACUCAAAACGUCAGCAAUACCUUUGAUAGCCAAAUAUCUACACUGCAAAAUAUGCAUGACCUCUAAGCGUGGGUACAGACACUGCUGCACACCAGCAGUACUGAGCAGCUAUCUAAGGAGUGGGAAUGCUUGAGGGAUAAUUGCUAUAUCCAGCAUCACCUCCCCCUGGGCCCUGCUGCCACUGGUCCCCUUUGCCAGUGCAAAAUGGAGGGGCUGUGACAUGAAAUCUGGGUGCUGCAAGUGGCUAAAAGGCUUGGAUGGGACCUGGCAGAAGAGCAUAGCACUGACUGUAGUCCUCAGGUCGGAAGAGACAGCGGGGCUCAGCAGAGACCAUGCCUGAGCCAAUUUAGCAAAAAAGAGAAGAUCUAUAGUGAGAGGAGAGCUUGGGUGGUACCUAUACCCACAUCCCCUCACUAACACAGGCCCAGAACUGUAACUGCUCAAAUCAGCCUCACAAAAGAAAUUUAUGUUUCAACAAGGGUUUUUUUUUACUCUUCUCCCCCAUCCCCCCUCCAUUCCUUCCACUUUUAUUCGGUUCCUCUGAUGAAAUCAUCACUUUGUGACCUUAAAGGCAUUUUCCAGGCAUAAAUGUUGAGGUGAAUUCAACAUUCUCUAAUACAACUGUUGAGCUGAAUAAAUGCAUGGAUGGAGUAUAACAGAUAACAUAAAUGGCAAAAUGAAACAGUUGUAAAUACCUACAACUUGAUAUUAAACAAUGAAUCAAACUUCCAAAUUCUUUUGGCUUUGUCAGACAAUCUUGAUAUUAACAUUUCAGAAAACCAGAAGCUAUUCUUCAUUA